UAUAUACUAGUAAAUAAAAUGGAAAUCGAUUCUGUGGAAUGGUUUGAUGGGAAGGUUUGUUAUUUGGAUGAAGUCUUUGUACAUAUUCCUUCUGAGAGUCACGAGCAGUAUGAAGACAAUUCGGAUUCGCAUGGCUUCAGAGAAAAGAGGGGAAAGCUGAACAGAAAUGUGUCUACUACUCUAAACAAAUUAGGCAACAGUGUUCAAGUUCCUGAAAGAUAUUGCUCACCAAGUAACCAAUGCAAUAUUCCUGGUAGAAUUGAUCUAAAACAAACAAUUUAUCAUUUUCACACUGGAUCUCCAACACAGACAGAUAUUGAGUGGAUGCCUCCUGAAAACUCGAACUUAUUUCAAAAUCUAACCUAUGAACUUGAACUUGGGAAAAAUGGAGUGCGGACAAGACUCACCAAUCGUCGUGUCCCAGUAAUACGAAUUUAUACCACAGACUCAAAGGCAUUACUAGAUAAACAUUGUUGGUCUUUCCAAAAAUCCGAAACUAAUUCAUGUGAUCUUUUUGUACGAGCUGUUAAUAUCUUACAUGCGACCAAAUUAAAUGCAGGACCUUGGUCGCAUGCUAUUAAAUUAACAUUCAACCUAACCACAUAAGAAAAUCAAUUAAUAUUUCAAAUAUACGCCUUUGCUUCUUCUUUGGUGUGUGUUAUCCUGGUUAACCUUGUGUUAUAUAAUAAAACAGCCAUUACUUAUUAAUCUAAUAGUUUUGGCUAAAUUCAAGAGCAACGAUAAACUUAAACCCGGAGAACAAUGUGCCGAUUCCGGGUAAUUUUAUUUCUGACUUAAAUAACUGCCUCUGUCAGAAAUAAAACUGCACGUUGGUUACCUUAUAGUAAAACUAAACCACUUCUAGUCCUUUAUCUCGCAUGCCAUCUUUUUCAA